UCGAGCGCUGCUGCGGAGCAACGAUGUCGGAGCAGGAGUCUCUGAGGUGCUCCAGUGCCAGAAACCGUGGAGGCGUCCAGAGGGUGGAAGGAAAACUGCGCGCCAGCGUAGAAAAAGGAGAUUAUUAUGAAGCACAUCAGAUGUACAGGACUUUAUUUUUUAGGUACAUGUCACAGGCGAAACAUGCUGAGGCCAGGGAGCUGAUGCACAAUGGCGCUCUACUCUUCUUCAGCUAUAACCAGCAAAACAGUGCAGCAGACCUGUCCAUGCUGGUGCUGGAGGUGUUGGAGAAAUCUGAGACAAAAGUUGAAGACGGAAUAUUAGAAAGCCUGGCGAAGCUGUUCAGCCGGAUGGACCAAAACUCUCCAGAGAGAGUUGCAUUUGUGUCCAGAGCGUUGAAAUGGUCCACAGGAGGCUCCGGCAAGUUGGGUCACCCAAAACUACACCAGCUGCUAGCUGUCACCUUGUGGAAAGAGCAAAACUACAGUGAGUCUCGUUACCACUUCCUGCAUUCUUCUGACGGCGAAAGCUGCGCGAAGAUGCUGGUGGAGUACUCGUCGUCACAGGGCUUCCGCAGCGAGGUCGACAUGUUUGUGGCGCAGGCCGUCCUACAGUUCCUCUGCUUAAAGAACAAAAAUGGCGCGUCUGUAGUGUUCAGCGCGUACACAGAGAAACACCCGUCCAUAGAGAAGGGCCCUCCCUUCGUCCAGCCUCUACUAAACUUUAUCUGGUUUCUGCUGCUGGCAGUGGAUGGGGGUAAAUUAACAGUUUUCACAGUGUUAUGCGAGCAAUAUCAGCCUUCCCUGAAGAGGGACCCCAUGUAUAAUGAGUAUCUCGACAGAAUAGGACAGGUUUUCUUUGGUGUUCCACCUAAACAGUCCCCAUCCUACGGAGGACUGAUAGGAAACCUGCUGAACAGCCUGAUGGGGUCGGGCGAGGAGGACGACACAGGCGAAGAAGCCCAGGAGGACAGCAGCCCCAUCGAGUUGGACUGAGCCCCCCCCACCCCAAAAAAACCAACACACACACAACCUAAACAAAAUGCUGAAGCCCUCCUCUGCUUCCCCUCCACAGCGAGUGUCGGCGAUGCCGCUGGUCCAUGUUUUCAGAGGCGCGCCGGUUUCCAAAAAUACAUCCCUUCCCAGUCUUAAAAUCAGAGCAAGUAUCAGGCUGCUCCCCCCAGCAGUGGACUGUCUGCGCCAAACUGCAAACUCUUCCCAUGUUGAAUUAUUAUCUUUUAUUUGAAUCAUCACUUUAGUUAGUGGGACUCUUGCUCUCGGUUUAGGGUGUAUGACUUGUUUGUUUUUUUAAACGAGACAUAACAAACUGCCACUUGCUCCAAAGAGAAGAGGAAGGUUGGAGAGGACGUCCCCCCCCCCCCCCUCUUCAUAGUGACGUCGACAUCAUUACGAAGACGGUCUAGUCAACGCGCUACAAGUAUUCAAAAGUGUUGUCGACACACAGAGCGUCACCGCAGCCACGCGUUGCUGCAUCUCUCAGCAACUUUCUUGUUUAAAAAAAUAAACAGUGGUAAAUUGAAUUGUA